GAAAUAUUCAUUAUCGGAAAGACCUUUGUUACUUUCACAACAACCGCAACUGCAGAACUUGUUGAAUGCCACAUCGUCAUAACAGUGUGCUGAUUAAAAAUGACUGCACAGGAAAGAAUGAAGAACAGCUGUCUACUAUGAGGUUAAAGUGGAGACAGAGCAUCUUGCUCUUAGCAGUUGUAUGCAUUUCUGAAAUUACUGGUCAAUCAUGUGAUGGACAGUGUGGUGAAACGUGGGGGACAUGUUCAUGUCACGCUACAUGUGUGUCCCUUCUGACCUGCUGUGGAGACUACAGACAGUACUGUCUCCAGAUCUCCCCUUACUCAGGAACUAUGAUGGGUGGAAGUGUCUUCUCUAUCCUCAAUGCCACCUUCUAUCCAAGCAAGCAAGAGCAGCUCACCUGCAGGUUCAGGGGUGAGAUAGAGACAGUGGGCUACACAGACGGAGAAGGCAGAGGUUACUGUGUCUCCCCCUUACUGUUCCAGAGUGGCUGGCUUCCCUUUGACGUCUCUACAGACGGACAGAACUUCAACAGUUCUGGAGAAUAUCUGUCAGUCCACCCAAGUAAAAUGGACGCUGCAUUUAAAGUGACGCUGGUGAAUUCAACACAGUGGCAAUACUACGGCACCCCCAACACAGCUGGAACACUGAGGAUGAUAUGGAGCCCUUCUCUGAUUGGAGACACGGACAGAGUCAACAUAGAACUAUGGGGGUACAGAGAGGUCAAUACCUCUACUACUGAUACUACAUGGGAGGAAGAGUUGCCCCCCCUGAGGGCAGAAUGGACCUACUUGUACUCUCUCGGUAAAGGCCUAGUCAACAGCGGCAGUUUCAGCUUCACCCCCAAGUCCUCCCAGAAGCCCUACUCUGACUGGGAGGUGGGGAGUGUCAGAGUGAGCUCCAGUAUCUACUCCGAUGGAGCCAGGAACGUCAGGGCUGUGUGGAGUGGGGCCCAUGCCCUGGCCUGGCACCUGGAGGAGGCCUUUAGGCAGGACUCAGCAGCCUGGGCCCUGGACAGGUGCCUGGCCUGGGAUGUCCUGGAGAAGAGUCUCCCCAACUUCCUGGAGGAGGUGGUGGACUGUCCCUGUACCCUGGCCCAGGCCCGUGCAGACACCGGCAGGUUCCAUACUGACUACGGCUGCGACAUGGAGAAGGGGAGUGUGUGUACCUACCACCCUGGAUCUGUGCACUGUGUCCGAGCCGUACAGGCAAGCCCUGUGUACAGAGCGGGACAGCAGUGUUGCUAUGACAGCACGGGGGCCCAGGUUCUGACCGGGGACUCGAUUGGAGGCAGCACCCCAGAUCGGGCCCACGACUGGGGCUCCCCUCCCUACAGAGACCCCCCUCGGAUCCCCAGCCUUUCCCACUGGAUGUACGACGUCCUGACAUUCUACUACUGCUGUCUGUGGUCUGACCACUGCCAGGUGUACUUCACACACAGACCCUCCAGCGGCUGUAGACACUACACUCCACCUACAGCUGGUGCAGUCCUAGGGGACCCACAUUUUCUAACGUUUGAUGAUGUAAGGUACACCUUCAAUGGGAAAGGAGAGUACUACCUGGUUCUUUCACCAGACAGAGGGCUCAGUGUUCAGGGCCGGACAGAGCAGGUGAAACUAGAGAACGGUACAUUAUCCAAGGCUACCAGGCUAUCGGCGGUGGCUAUGAGGGAGAGGAGCUCUGAUGUCAUAGAGGUGCGCCAGGCGGAGCAGCAGAACCAGCUGGAGGUGUUGAGGAACCAGCAGGUCCUGUCCUUCACAGAGCAGUCAUGGAUGGACCUACAUGGUGUGUUCCUGUACUCCCCAACACCCCAGAACGUGACCGUCAUGUUCUCCUCUGGCGUGGGGAUAGAGGUACGGGGGCGAGAGGGGGGCGCCAUGGCCCUCACCGUGCUGCUCCCCCCAGACUACACCAACCUCACCCAGGGCCUGCUAGGACAGAUGAACUCUGACCCCUUAGAUGACCUCCUGACCAGCCUGGGAGAUGUCGUCUCCCCUGACAACCCCAGUCCUGAGGAAAUCUUCACCUUCGGAGCUAGCUGGAAAACCUCCAACCAGACGUCUCUGUUCACUUACGACAGUAAGUACCUGUUGGAAACGUACUACUACGUGAAACACGACCCAGCCUUCGUCCCGGCCUUCUCUGUGUCCGAAGAUCCAGCUGACCCUCUGGUGGGGGACAUGCUGAAGAUGUGUUUCGGUGAUGGGGCCCAGUUCUGCAAGUACGACACCCUGAGCACCCGUAGUCUGGCUGUGGGUAACGCCACACUCCUGUCCUUCAGAAGUCACCAGACACUCAUGCAGGACCUGGAGUCUGUGGUGUCCUGUGGGUGGCUGGCCUCUCCGAGGUACGGUGAGAAGAUAGGUACACGCUACCUCCAGGGUUCGACAGUGAGCUUCACCUGUAACAGUGGCUCCGUUCUGUAUGGAUCACCAGAACGCACCUGUCUACCCAGCGGAGAGUGGACUGGAGAAGAUGUCUCCUGUAUCUCUGAUAAUGUCCUAGGAUUGGUGCUGGGUUCUGUGUUUUCCAUAGCUACUCUGAUAACCAUGGGAGUGAUGAUCAAACUACACUUCAGGAAACAGAAAAGAGAAAGACAAGAGAGGCUGGAUAGAAUGGUGACAUUUGAACAGAGUUGAUGUCCUCUUGUGUAACUCUCCCUGACCAUGAUGUUUUUAAAUGAACCUACAAUUGCAUCGCCCUUAAGCUGGCCUCAACAUGCACUAAUGUAUGUGCAAAUGACGUUCUCUACACCAUCUAGACGUUUUGUGAAUCAGGGAUAAUGCAUUGUCUUCAUGGUGUAGUACAUGUUUACGUUGCACUGUAGAUGACUUUAAGUAACAGUCUGUAAAUGAAGGCUGACAGAGCAGGCCUGCUUGGUUUGUUCACGGUCUUGACUAAAUGUUAUGCUGGGAAACAAUAUUAUGUGAAUACUUUGAGUUCCCGUCUAUGUUGUCACUCCAUGUUCCUAUUAAAUUAGAAUGGUCCCAGAUGUACACCCUCUUAGGUGUUUAGAGUCAAUCUCCUGAUCGUUUUAAAAGGUUGAAUGACUUUGACCAGUUAUAUAGCUCAGGUGUGUGUGUGGGGGCUCACUGCCUUUGUUCAUUCCAUUCAAUGGUUGAGCAAAAGUAAUUCGGAAGAACAUGCCACCAAAUGGCUGCCAAUUGCACAAUGGCAAAGCUCAUGCUUUUUUUUUAUCUUCAAAUGAAGUACAAAUAUUGAAUAAUGAAUGGAUACUGUGGCACAAUAAUGUUUGAUUGGAAUUCAAUGAAGGAAAAUAAAUACAAUUGUGAAAGUA